AUGGCCCGACUCCCAUGCUUGACCCGUCCACCAACACCAAUCCUCUUUCGGGUGGUGUCGAUCAUCAGGACAUGGUGGACAGCGAGCCUUGGCAAGCCGAAGAAGAAGAAGAAGAAAAUUCAAACUGACGUUUCGAAACAUACUUUCUAUAUAUCGAACUCGCAAAUGCGGCUGAGGCUGUAUGCUCGGAAUGAGAGACAGAUGCUCCAGUGGAUAACGGCCUUUGAGCGGGUGGCUGCUGCCUCGCAUUAUACGGGAACCAACAGGUUUGAUAGCUUUGCUCCGAUACGGCUAAACGUUGCAGCUCAAUGGCUUGUUGAUGGGCGUGACUAUUUCUGGAAUCUAUCCCGCGCUAUCCUGCUUGCAAGAGAAACAAUUUACAUUCAUGAUUGGUGGCUGUCACCAGAGCUUCAGCUUCGUCGGCCUAAUAAAGAGCGUUAUCGACUAGAUCGUUUGCUGGAGAGGAAGGCCAAGGAAGGUGUCAAGAUUUGUAUCAUUGUCUACAAGGAAGUUUCGAGUCGGACAACCCCGACAGAUAGCAAUUAUAAAAAGCAGCGUCUAGCGUCCCUACAUCCUAACAUCAUGGUUCAGCGCUCCCCGUCACAUUUCCAGACAGGUACUUUCUAUUGGGCACAUCAUGAGAAGCUUUGCGUCAUAGAUGAAGCUAUCGCUUUCAUGGGAGGACUCGAUGCGUGCUUGGAAGGUGGGAUACUCCCCAACACGCAGUUACAGAUGAUGCUGAAGACGAGUCAUCUCAAGUAUGGCCUGCCACUUGGCAUUUGGACAGGCAAAGAUUAUAGCAAUGCUCGUAUUUCGGACUUCCAUACGCUCAAUAAACCUGAAGAGGAUAUGUAUGAUCGUACGAAGAUACCUCGCAUGCCCUGGCAUGAUGUUGGUAUGCAGGUCGUGGGGCAACCUGCUCGCGAUCUGGCUCGGCAUUUUGUGCAAAGGUGGAAUUAUCUUUUGAGAAUCAAGAACCAUUCUCGAGCCAUGCCAUUCCUCUUGCCACCUCCGGAGUUCAGACCUGGCGAACUGACGCAGUUGGGUUUGACCGGUACUUGUGAGAUGCAGAUCUGCCGUUCUGCAGGACCCUGGUCUUUAGGUACCGCAAGCCGUAAUGAACAUUCCAUCCAAAAUGCGUAUCUCAAGGCGAUUCAAAUGUCAGAACACUUCGUGUACAUCGAGAAUCAGUUCUUCAUCACCUCUACCACCGUUAACGAUAUCAGGAUUGAAAACAAGAUCGGCGACGCCUUGGUACACAGAAUAAUCAAAGCCCAUCGCGAUGGAACCCCCUGGAAGUGCUGCGUGGUGAUUCCUUUACUCCCAGGCUUCGCGUUCGCUCUAGAUCAUAGCGAUGGCAGUUCUAUCCGAAUCAUCCUCGAGUGUCAAAAUCGUACCAUAUCCAGAGGUCCUAAUUCAAUAUUCGGGAGGCUUAGGAAAGAAGGCAUCGACCCCGAUGACUAUAUUACUGUAUUCUCCCUUCGUAACUGGGGCAAGCUGAGAGACGUAUUGACAACCGAGCAGGUCUACAUCCAUGGAAAGGUUUGCAUCGUGGACGACCGGCUUGCCAUUAUCGGAAGCGCAAACAUUAACGAAAGAUCUCAGAGAGGGGACAGGGACUCUGAAAUCGCGGCAGUAAUUCGAGAUACUGAUAUGAUCGAUUGUACUAUGGCUGGGAAGCCUUACAAAGUCGGACGUUUUGCUCACACCCUUCGGGUCCGGCUGAUGAGAGAGCACAUCGGUGUUGAUGUCGAUGCUUUGUAUGAGGAAGACUUAAUGGCUUCUGAUCCCGCAAAACCUGAGCAUGAGCCAGUACCUUCGAAUUCUAGUGGCGAACAGCACCGCCGGCAGGAGAAUGGUAUUGUUGAAUCCUCGGUAACUGACAGUUCAUCGCAUACAGCGUCAGACAACGUUGGGAGAGCCCCGAAUGGUUCGUCAGAAGCAACCGUCCACACUGCAACCCAGGGCUCGGCGGAAACUGACGAUGACCUGAACACGGCGUUUCCGAAAAACACCCGUACAGGAAAAAAUGUACCGAGUGCCACGCUCGAAGAGAAAGUUGUUCAAGAUUAUCUCAACGGAGACGGGCCACCCGCCAAUGGCCAUGCCCCAAAUGACAAGGCUCAGGACAUAAAGCGGAAGUCCGAGGACAGGACAUCUCCAAACGGUGCUCCACAUCAAGCUCUCCCCUCGAACGGGAAUCUUCACGGGACACCCGUCGAUGCCUAUAGAUCUCCCGAAAUAGAUGAUCAAUCUCCGCAUGUCCGUACGGGGACAGAAAGCGGGGAAGAUGACGAGCGUACGGCGCCAAGAGCACGUUCAACACUCCGUAAAAAUCUGGGGAGCAAGCUAGGUCAAAACAACAAAUGGACUGUCCCAACUCCUCGACCUCAUGUUGAUCCCAAUGGUUUUGAGGAUCCUGUAUCGGAUGCAUUCUGGAAGGAUGUUUGGGUUGCAUGUGCUGUCCAUAAUACGGAGAUAUAUCGGAAAGUGUUUCAUGCUGUUCCGGAUGACCUCGUCACUACUUGGAAGCAGUACAAAGAGUUCGUAUUGCAUCACGAGCGCCUGAAUAAACCAGCUGCAGAUUCGACUACUCUUGAGCCAGUCGGAAGAGUGCCGUCCGAGACUGGAGACGACACCAUUCCUUCUAAUGAAGCCCCAACUCCUGCCGAACAUGUAACAGAGCACUCUGAUGGUCAUGUGCAUCUGAAUGAAGAGCCAGAUCUGAAUAGCUCUCCUGGCGUAGCGGACAAGGAGCCUGCCCGUGCUCGUUCUCGGUCUACUCGAAGCACGGAGCCUUUUACGAAGGCGGAGCGAGAUGAAAUGGAAAAUUGCUGGGCGAGUUUGAUAUAUCCCAACCGCUUUUUGGAGGGCGAGGACGUUGCGAAUAAUUUCUUAUUCAAUGCCGAUCGGCUCUUGCCCCUACCUAUUUACGACUGA